GUCAGCUGCGGCAGGGCCCCUAAGUGCUGUCUCACUUUAUAACCUGCCAACGCCUGGACGUCCAGCAUGGGCAGAGGGUGGGGUGCAGAGAAUGGAGCAAAGAGGACGAAGAAGGACAGGAACUUGGAUGAGCUAAAGAAGGAGGUGUCCUUGGAUGACCACAGAAUAACUCUAGAAGAUCUGGCAAAACGCUAUGGAGUGGAUCUCAGACGGGGCCUCACCAAGGCCAGAGCUGCCGAGGUUCUGGCCAGGGAUGGCUUAAAUGCUCUGACUCCUCCCCCCACCAUCCCGGAGUGGGUGAAGUUCUGUCGUCAGCUGUUCGGUGGCUUCUCCAUCCUGCUCUGGAUCGGUGCCCUCCUUUGCUUCCUGGCCUACACCAUCCAGGUGGUCACAGAGGAGGAGCCAACCAAUGACAACUUGUAUCUGGGUGUGGUGCUGGCAGCUGUGGUGAUCAUCACCGGCUGUUUCUCCUACUUCCAAGAGGCCAAGAGCUCCCGAAUCAUGGACUCCUUCAAGAAAAUGGUGCCACAGCAAGCCACAGUGAUUCGGGAGGGGGAGAAGAUGCAGAUCAAUGCUGAGCUUGUGGUGCAGGGAGAUCUGGUGGAGAUCAAAGGGGGAGACCGCAUCCCAGCUGACCUUCGAGUGACCUCCUCCAGCGGAUGCAAGGUGGACAACUCCUCUCUGACCGGAGAAUCGGAGCCUCAGACUCGCAGCCCAGAGUACACGCACGACAAUCCUCUAGAGACUCGCAACAUCUGUUUCUUUUCCACCAAUUGUGUCGAAGGUGUAGCCAGUGGUAUUGUGAUAGCCACCGGUGACCACACAGUAAUGGGGCGCAUUGCCACUCUGGCAUCUGAGCUGGAGGUCCGCCGCACGCCCAUCAGCGUUGAGAUCGAGCACUUCAUCCACAUCAUCACAGGCGUGGCCGUCUUCCUGGGCAUGAGCUUCUUCAUCCUGUCAAUCAUCCUGGGAUACACCUGGCUGGAGGCUGUCAUCUUCCUCAUUGGCAUUAUUGUGGCUAAUGUGCCUGAGGGACUGCUGGCUACUGUCACUGUGUGUCUGACUCUCACUGCCAAGCGAAUGGCCAAGAAGAACUGUCUGGUAAAGAACCUAGAGGCCGUAGAGACUCUCGGCUCUACCUCCACCAUCUGCUCUGACAAGACGGGCACGCUGACCCAGAACCGCAUGACCGUGGCCCACAUGUGGUUCGAUAACCAGAUCCACGAGGCAGACACCACCGAGGACCACAGUGGUUCGACUUUUGACAGAAGCUCUGCUACUUGGGUUGCUCUGUCUCGUGUGGCUGCCCUGUGCAACAGAGCUGAAUUCAAAGGCGAACAGGAGCACCUUCCCAUCCAGAUGAGAGAGACAGCGGGGGACGCAUCAGAGUCAGCGCUGUUGAAAUGCAUGGAGGUGUGCUGUGGGAGUGUUAAAGACAUGAGAGCCAGAAGCCCCAAAGUGGCAGAGAUCCCCUUUAACUCCACCAACAAGUACCAGCUCUCUAUCCAUGAAGUGGAGGACAGCCCCCCCGGUCAUAUUCUGGUUAUGAAGGGAGCGCCGGAAAGAAUCUUGGACAGGUGCAGUACCAUUAUGAUCCAUGGCCAGGAGUGUCCACUUGAUGAGUACUGGAGAGAAUGUUUCCAGAAUGCCUACCUGGACCUGGGGGGGCUUGGAGAGAGAGUGCUCGGCUUCUGCCACUUGAAUCUGUCCUCAUCUCAGUUCCCUCGAGGAUUCACCUUUGACUGUGAGAACACGAACUUCCCCAUCGAGCAGCUCUGCUUCCUGGGCCUCAUCUCAAUGAUUGAUCCGCCGCGUGCUGCUGUGCCUGACGCAGUGGGUAAAUGCCGCUCUGCUGGCAUCAAGGUGAUCAUGGUCACUGGUGAUCACCCUAUCACAGCCAAGGCCAUCGCUAGAGGCGUGGGCAUCAUCUCUGAGGGCACCGAGACGGUGGAAGACAUCGCUGACAGACUGAACAUCCCUCUGAGCCAAGUUGACCCCAGGGAUGCCAAGGCUUGUGUGGUGCAUGGCUCGGACCUUAAGGAAAUGAGCUCUGAGUACCUGGAUGACAUACUGAGGAACCACACUGAGAUAGUGUUUGCUCGCACCUCUCCUCAGCAGAAGCUCAUCAUUGUGGAGGGCUGCCAGAGACAGGGGGCGAUCGUGGCUGUGACGGGUGAUGGCGUGAACGACUCCCCAGCCCUUAAGAAAGCUGACAUUGGCGUUGCCAUGGGGAUCGCCGGCUCGGAUGUGUCCAAGCAAGCAGCUGACAUGAUCCUGCUGGAUGACAACUUUGCCUCCAUCGUCACUGGAGUUGAGGAGGGUCGUCUCAUCUUUGACAACUUGAAGAAGUCUAUUGCAUACACACUAACCAGUAACAUCCCAGAGAUCUCACCCUUCCUCCUCUUCAUCAUCGCUAGUGUUCCUCUUCCUCUGGGAACGGUCACCAUCCUCUGCAUCGAUCUGGGCACUGACAUGGUUCCAGCUAUCUCACUGGCUUAUGAGACAGCGGAGAGCGACAUCAUGAAACGCCAACCGAGGAACCCCAAAACAGACAACCUAGUGAAUGAGCGUCUCAUCAGCAUGGCCUAUGGACAAAUAGGUAUGAUCCAGGCUCUGGGGGGUUUUUUCACCUACUUUGUGAUUUUGGCUGAGAAUGGCUUCCUCCCAAGAACCCUGGUAGGCAUCCGCCUCAGCUGGGACAGCCGUGAAGUCAACGACCUGGAGGACAGCUAUGGGCAGGAGUGGACCUAUGAGCAGAGGAAGAUCAUUGAAUUCACCUGCCACACCGCCUUCUUCGCCAGCAUUGUUGUUGUCCAAUGGGCUGAUCUUAUCAUCUGCAAGACCAGGACGAAUUCCCUCUUUCAGCAGGGAAUGAAGAACAGGGUCCUGAUCUUCGGCUUGUUUGUGGAGACUGCUCUGGCUGCCUUCCUCUCCUACUGCCCUGGAAUGGAUGUUGCCUUGCGCAUGUACCCUCUGAAGACCCUGUGGUGGUUCUGUGCCUUCCCAUACAGUCUUCUCAUCUUCAUUUAUGAUGAGGUCCGCAAAUUCAUUCUGAGAAGGCACCGUGGAGGUUGGGUGGAGCGCGAGACAUAUUAUUAACAUUCAGAAAGUGUCACUUUGAAUUGCAUGUCUGUGAGUGUGCAUGGGUGUCUGUGUGUGUGCGUGGGUGUACUGUAUGUUUGUGCUUGUGUGUUCUUGUGCAGUCAGAAAUGUGUGUGUCUGUCAGCUGUAAUAUUGCAUGGAUCAGUUCACAAAUCUGAUUAUCAUAAAAAAAAAUACUGCUGAAAAUAGGCUUUUGAUUGUGCUUAGAGUUUUUCUUUUCUUUCCUUUUUUGUUUUGCUUUGUUUUAUCAGAAGACAUUUCCAGCAGAAUAAUGGUAAUGUACACCUUUGUGCCUUACAUGAACUAUUACAAAAGUGAUGUAUCAUGGCCUUUUUGGCUAUAAAGAAAUACCAAAUGUGAAAUGUACCAAAUAAAACCCAUCC